AUGUAUACACAUACACACACAUACACAUACAUAUACAUAUAGAUAUAUAUAUCUAUUAUUAAGUGAGUGUGAAUCAUGGGUUGUUUCUUUUGUUCUGGGGGAGACUCCAAAUCACCAAAAACCAAGAAAAAUCAAUCACAUCCUUCUUCUGAUAAGUUCAAAUUGGCUACAUUAAAUGAAGUAAAGAAGGACAAUGCUCGAGAAUGUGAUCGGUCAGCGGGUGCCAAUGAGUGUGAUGAUAAAACUAGUUCACCUAAUAAGCAAGGAAACAAGAAAAGUAAAGCACGAACCUUUACAUUUGCGCAGUUGGUCGCUGCCACAGAUAAUUUCACGGCUGAAAAUUUCUUGGGUGAGGGUGGAUUUGGAAAAGUAUACAAAGGAAAAUUAGAGGACAGUGAUCAGAUUGUUGCUAUUAAGCAAUUGGAUCCUGAUGGAGGUCAAGGGAUGAGGGAGUUUGUGGUUGAAGUGUUGACUUUGAGCUUGGCUGAUCACCCAAAUCUGGUGAAACUGAUUGGUUAUUGUGCUGAAGCUGAGCAAAGGUUAUUAGUUUAUGAGUUCAUGCCAUUAGGUUCUUUGGAGGACCAUUUGCAUGAUCUACGUUCCAAUAGGACUCGGCUUGAUUGGAAUACAAGAAUGAAGAUAGCAGCCAGUGCAGCCCGGGGAUUAGCCUAUUUGCAUGACCAGAUGAACCCACCGGUUAUAUAUCGGGACUUGAAAUGUUCCAACAUCUUAUUAGGUGAGGACUAUCAUGCUAAGCUGUCAGAUUUUGGGUUGGCAAAGGUGGGCCCACUUGGUGAGGAUACACAUGUCUCGACCCGAGUGAUGGGCACGUAUGGUUACUGUGCCCCUGAUUAUGCAAUGACUGGACAGCUUACCUUUAAGUCAGAUAUUUAUAGCUUUGGGGUAGUACUCCUGGAGCUCAUUACUGGGAGAAAAGCAAUCGAUAACACCAAACCGGCAGCAGAGCAAAAUCUUGUUCCUUGGGCCCGACCAUUGUUCAAAGACCGAAAGAAAUUCUCUCAAAUGGCAGACCCAGUUCUUGAGGGCGAAUAUCCUGUGAGGGGACUCUAUCAAGCUCUAGCCAUAGCAGCAAUGUGUCUUCAAGAGCAACCCAACUUGAGACCACUUGUGGCUGAUAUAGUCACGGCUCUGAACUAUCUUGCUUCUCAAAUAUAUGAUCCCCAGAUUCACCCUGUUCAAAGUCCUUGGAGGGGUUCUCGUAAAUCAAGAUUAAGAUAUAAUGAUGAGAGGAAUGCUAACCAGAAUGAAGUCUAGUUUUGUUACUACAGGUUUUAUGCUUGGUUUUUAAAUGUUUAACUUAUAAGGUACAUAAUACACAUGGAGGAAUGUCUCGUUUUUUUUAGUUUUCCCAGUUAUUUUUGGAUGUAAAUGAGAAUCAUCGAUGCGGCAUAUAAUACAGAAGAUGAGUUUUUUUGGUUGAAAUGUAUGACAUGAUUAGAAGAUAAGUUUGGUAA